AAUUAAGAUCCUGUAACCUUGCUAUUUGUGGAUACAAAUUGCACGAUAAGAACUAUAACGGAAUAACCUGGCUUUUCAUGUUUCAAAACAUAAAAGUUAAGACUCGGAGUACGAUUCAUGAUAUAAUCAGUGAUACUACCUACAGAAUGAACAGCACGUCAUUUGUAUUCACUAUUCUUCUCUUUGCUAUAGGUAUGCGAGAAUCAUUUCAGCAAGUUUGUUCAGACAGAUAUUGUAAAGUAGCAUACAUCCGUAACGUUGGCUGCGCAGGUUGUUGUUUAGGGUCUGGUUGUAAUGGUCUAGCUGGCUAUUGCGAAAACUCUAAAUGUUAUUGCAACGGAUGCGAGGUUAAGAAAAGUAAAGUAUCAACAUCAAGAGAUGGAACUUUCAGCUCAGCAAGAAGUCGGAUAAGCGGUAAAAUGAGGAUUGUCUCUAGCUCUUCGAGAAGCCGGAUUGUUAUGUAAUACAACACAGAUAUACAUAUGCAUAUAUUCUAGAAAAAUAAAAUAAAAUAAUUGCAUUGCAAUAGAAUUUCAA